CUAUUUAUAAACACAAUCAAAAUUCACGAUAACCGUUCGGAUCAGCAAAAGAUGGUGAUUAGUUGAGUAAACAUGGCCACCAGAAAGAAAGACAGAGUACCAAACGGACAGCUGCCGUCAUCAAAGAUAACUGAUUUUUAUACAUCUCCAGUCAAAAUUAGGAAUGUAGAAGAACGUACAUGUAAUAUUGAUGUUGAAGUAAAGGAAGAGCCUGGAUCAGAAUUAGAUGUUUCGCUUCAGUCUUCCUCUGUUAUACUUACUCCAGAUUCUUCUCCGUGUAAGGACAAAGAAUUGACAAAUAAUAACACAAACAAUAACAACAAUUGUGAACUAUUGUCAUUGAAACUAGAUCAGCUCUCUGGCCCCGACUCCAAUGAAAAGUGUCACAUAGAAAGCCUUCCAGAUCUGUUUAAUGACAAUACAACCAGUCCCUCGUCUGCAAGUAAAUCCACCAUCAUCGUCCCUGAAUCUGGUCAUUGUAAACAUAUACUCCAAGAUGAUAUUAAAACAGAAAGUAGCACAUCUAGUCCCAUACAUCCUGCCCAAACUCCAUGUACCUCGCUUCCAAAGAAACGCAAAGGUCGAAAAGGCAAAGUGAAGUCUACAACAGCCACUGUCAAAAGUGAAGCACAACCAAAAGCAGGUCGUAAAAAGAAAUUAGAAUCUGAUGUGAGUAGUAAUAGAACUAUAACUGAUUAUUUUCCUGUAAGAAGAAGUGGUAGAAAAUGUCAUUCGGAAAUACAGAAAAUGCGAAUGAUAGAAUAUGAAGUAAAAGUAUUGUCUCAAUGUGAAGAUGGGUUAGAAGUAGUAGAUUUAAAUGGGAAAGGAAGAGGUGUUAUAGCUACUAAAGCUUUUAAAAAAGGAGAUUUUAUAGUAGAAUAUGCUGGAGAUCUCAUUAAUUUAGCUGAAUCGAAAGAUAGAGAAGAAUUUUAUGGUAUGAGUACUCAAUAUGGUUGUUACAUGUAUUAUUUCACCAUCAAGGAUAAACGAUACUGUAUUGACGCAACGGCUGAAAGUGGUAAAUUAGGACGACUAUUGAACCACAGUAGACAUGGGAAUUGUUGUACCAAGUUAAUAGAGAUCAAGAACUCCCCAUUUCUAAUCUUGAUUGCUAGUCGUGACAUUGUGAAAGGGGAGGAACUAUUGUAUGAUUAUGGUGAUCGAAGUAAAGAAUCUUUAGCAGCCCAUCCAUGGUUAAAGUCUUAAUUGGAUCUAGAAAUCUUCAGUAAUGCCUCACAUAAAAUGCCAGUGAUGAUGAUCUAACAUUUUUAUUAGUAAAAUUUUACUUAUCAAAACCAAGCUAUAUGUUGUAAUGAAAUUUUAAGUAACCAUAAUUAUUAUUAUUAUUAUGGUUAGCCCAUGCAUGUUGUAUCUUAAGAUCCGUCAUUGAGUCAACUGGCGUGGUUUCGAUUCCCCGGAUGUACGUGACAAGGAGUAGGGUCGCCUGUCCAACCUCGUGGGUUUUCUCCCGGUCUUCCGAUUUCCUCAGACUGCUAAUCUAAAGACUCCUCGCGCAAGCGAAUUAUUGAAAUAAAAUUGAACCAUGUGUUCGUCCUGAAAUGACCUAGUUUGUGUCGAGUGGACGUUAAACCCCAUUUCUCCCUCUCUCUACCAUAUUCUAGUCUUGUCAAGUUUCUUUUCUGCUGACCAAGAAGGUUGUAGUGCAUAAUAAUUGAUAAUUCUUUGAAUUGCCUCUCUUGGGCCUUGUUUCAACUUUGUGUCAUCACAUUCAAAUUAAGACAUUUUAUAUCCGAAGUUAUAAAUGACAUAAAUGUAAAUGUUUUCUUUAACUUACCAUUGUGUAUUGGAGUAGGAACUUGACAAGGCUGACGUUUAAAAUUUUUGGAGCAAUUCUUAUAUUUGUCAUUACCAGACGAUAUUUGUAUUUAAAUUGUGUAUAAAUACUCUAAACUUAUUACCAAAUAUUGUAUUAAACCAGUCAAUAUCAGUGUUUAUGAAAUAAUAUUUUGUAACAGGUUGACAUAGUUAUUGCUUGAUAUUUUUAAAAAGCUUGGUUUACACAGGCAUUGCUUAUUCAACGAUGCUGUAUAUUGAUGAGUAUUAUUAAAAAUUGGCAUUGAAUAGAUAGAAAAUAUUUUUUAUUAUAACAUCAUAGGUUGUCUCAAGUCAUUCUACUUUAAUUAUUUUCAUUUUUAAAUUGUAUAUUAUAUGAUAUUCUAAGUAUAUAGUUUCAUUGUAAAGGUAGCUAUUUAGAUAAUAAUGUUGGAGUGCAGCAUAUUGUUGCAGACAAUUGACACUCUACACCAUGACUGGAUAAUUCCACUGUGGUCUAGCACAUCUUUUCGUGAAAAAUUUGGUUGUGAGUCUGACAAUGCACCAAGUAAAGUGUUGCCAAGGGCCCUGUUGCACAAAGUGCAUAGAAGAUACGUGAAAAUAUAGUAAAAUGUUCAAGUUAAAUGUGUGUAAGAUAUUUGUUUUGUGCCCCAGGAUCCUGACAUUAAUCUUGUUUAAUGAAUAUUCAUAAAUAAUCUUACAGCUUUUGUUAAAUUCACAUAAAAUGUAAUGAGCAAUUCUGCAGUCAUAUUUUCUAUAAAAGGACUGUAAGCCUAUAUACUCCAUAUUGCAGUAUUGUAUAAAUGUUUCAAUUGAAUAUGUUACCGGUAUGAAAUUGUUGUUUUAAUAAUAUAAAAUUAUGCAUUCCCAUUUGAAACAGUGACAUCACAUUUUCAUCUGUCAGUGUCCAUACAUUUGUGUCUUCAAGUUCUGAUAUACCUCAGUAGUAAAGCAGACAUGUUUUCUAUGUUAAUAUGCAACUGUUCUGAUUUAUUUAUAAAAAUGUUUAUCUUCAUAAAAUAAUAUUGUAUUUCAUGUGUUAUUAUUUAUAAUGAAAAUCAUUUUGUGUAGUAGUAGAGAGGCUUUAUGUGUAUCACUUUAUAAGUACAUGUAUUAUACUUUGCUGACAACUAGAUGGCAUGAAUUAGUAUAGUCUAAUUGACUGCAACAUGAACCAUUUGGUAGAUAAUCUCAUCUGUACUGCCACUUAGAACUAUAAAAUGUGUUAAUGAAUUUAAUAUUCAGUAAGAUUUAACAUUUGAUAAUUAUUACACUAAAGUCUUCAGGCUUUAUUUAUAAUUAAUUAUUGGUAAAAGUCCUAUAAUUAGUCAAUCUUUGAUGUUUGCAAGCUAAAGGGAGAUUUUUAAAAGGAGUAGGUAAAUGAAGAUUGAAUCAGGGUGAAACAGUAGCCACAGUAACCCAUGAGUGCUUUGAUUGGUUCCAUAUGUGACCUUUGGGUUAUAGUUCAAGACAUAUAUAUUGUAAAGCAAUGGCAUUGUGAAGAUGAACAAUUCCAAAGUUUUUUCUGUAACAACUGUAAACUGUGAUUGAUCUGUUUCUAUGGCAAUUUAUCAUGUUUAAAAUGAAUUUAUUGUGUUUAAUAUUGUAAAAGCUAUUUCUUGUAGUUUCAUUGAAUCAUUGUAAAUAUUUUACUUCCAUUUUAUCAACCUGUAAUCAUUAAAAUUCAUCUUCCA